AUGUCUCCUUCAGGUAGACCGUGGUCCCUGAACUUCGUGUUUCUUCUGGGGAUGGCAUCACAGGGGAUCAGCUGCCCCAGCAGGUGUAGCUGCCAGUACCUGGAGGUGAACUGCACCGGGCAGCAGUUGCAGGAGUUCCCUGUGGACAUCCCUCUGGACACCAGGCAGCUGAUUCUGGCAGCAAACAACGUCUCGUACCUGCCAGCACUGGAAUUGAGCUUCCUGGCUGAUUUGGUCUAUCUGGACUGCAGAAAGAACCUCUUGGGGGAUGACCUGGAUUUCACUUUCAUUGGUGUGGCCAAGCUUGUCUAUCUGGACCUCAGCUUCAACAACCUCACACAGGUCACCUUCAGCACCUUCUCCCACCUCCUCAGCCUGGUGGUGCUGAAGAUCUCGGACAAUCCCAACCUUGUGGCCAUCGAGAAGGAUGCUUUUGCCAACAACACCUGGCUAAGGCACCUGGAUGUGAGCCAGACGGGCUUAACCUUCCUGGACACCAGCACUGUCCAGGACUUGCCCAACCUGAGGCUUCUGGGGCUCAGUGACAACCUGUGGCACUGCAACUGUUCCUUUUUGGACUUCAUCACCUGGAUGAUGGAGAGUGACGUGCAUUUUCCAGAUGCUGACAACAUCACCUGCUACACCCCAGCAGGCCUGCGUGCCCUAAGGAUGCCAGCAGCAGAGGCACAGCUCCACUUCAGCUGCCUGACCCAGCUGUACAAGCAGGAUUAUGUCUUUCUGUGCCUCGUGGGCUUCUGCAUAUUCCUUGCUGGCACCAUGGCAGCCUGGCUGGCUGGCGUCUGUGCUGUCAUCUACAAGGCCCAUGCCUCAAAGGGAGAGGGAGAGGAAGAGGAGGAGGAGUAG